CUCUGAUUAAUUUAAACUCAACAUAUAUAUAUUAAACAACCUCUUUCCUAUCAUUUCGUUGGAACCAGUAACUGCUAUCACUUUUUUUCAUUUCAAAAGAGGGAAAAAAUGUGUGGAAUACUUGCUGUUUUUGGUUGCAUUGAUAAUUCUCAAGCUAAACGUUCAAGAAUCAUCGAACUUUCUAGAAGGUUGCGCCACAGAGGACCUGAUUGGAGUGGAUUGCAUACCCAUGAUGACUGUUAUCUUGCUCAUCAACGGUUGGCAAUAGUGGACCCAACUUCUGGAGAUCAGCCACUGUAUAAUGAGGACAAGACCAUUAUUGUUGCGGUUAACGGGGAGAUCUAUAACCAUAUGGAAUUACGGGAAAAACUGAAGUCCCAUCAAUUUCGAACUGGCAGUGACUGUGAAGUUAUUGCCCAUCUUUACGAAGAAUAUGGAGAAAACUUCAUCGACAUGUUGGAUGGGAUGUUCUCUUUUGUUCUUCUUGACACCCGCGAUAAAAGUUACAUCGCUGCUCGGGAUGCCAUUGGCAUUACUCCCCUUUAUAUGGGGUGGGGUCUUGAUGGGUCCGUAUGGUUUUCCUCGGAGAUGAAAGCCUUAAGUGAUGAUUGUGAGCGAUUUGUUAGCUUCCUUCCCGGUCAUAUUUAUUCAAGCAAAAACGGAGGACUUAGAAGAUGGUACAACCCACCAUGGUUUUCGGAAACCAUUCCUUCUACUCCAUAUGAUCACCUUGUCUUACGGAAGGCUUUUGAGAAGGAUGAGAUGUUGGUCAGCAAAGCUUUUGUCAUAUGCUGGAAGGAUCCAACUAAUAAAAUCUGUGGUCUUUGGGGUACAACUGGCUGUUACACAAGAACUUUGGAGCAGAAUAUUGAGAUGGUUGGGGAUUAUAGACCUAUUGAAUGCUGGCAGGAAGAGCUACAAUGGGCUUGUAGGUGGGCAAAAAAGAAGACUGGUAAAGGGGCAAUAAUCAGCUGUGUGUUUGCAAUGGUGGUAUCUAUUAUAUGGAGGGAGAUGAACAACAUGAGAUUCAAAAAUGGGCAGUUCCAGAGUGAAAGAUUAUGCAGAGAAAUAGCAAUUUACAUUCACAUCAUAGGUAGACACCUGCGGAAGUGGAAGAACACACUAGAUACACUCAAUCAUAUGCCUUGA